AUGUCAUCGUGGGACCAAGUUACCUUCUCAUUGAGUCCAAGGAGCAAGGGAUGCUACUUAAUCACUAAAGAAGUCUUAGAAAAGGUUCCGCAAAUCAAAAAUUACGAAGUUGGAAUCAUUAAUUUGUUUAUCCAACAUACAUCUGCGGGGCUAACCUUAAAUGAGAAUUGUGACCCAGAUGUUAGAACCGACAUGGAUGCCGCUCUUGACAGGAUUGCUCCCGAAGGUGACCAUUACAUUCAUGCUGAUGAAGGUCCUGAUGAUAUGCCUGGCCAUGUGAAGAGCUCCACUGUGGGUGUCAGCUUGAGUAUCCCUAUUACAAACGGCAAAUUGAACACAGGUACCUGGCAGGGUAUCUGGUUGUGUGAAUUUAGAAACUACAAACACACAAGAAGAAUUGUCGCCACUAUCAAUGGAAAGAGGAAAUGA